AUGAGUGACACAGAGUUGGAAGAAUUAAAAAAAAAAGUCACUGAUCUCAUUGAUGAGGAAGAUCUGCUGAUGCCAUCCUCACCGGAGCCAGCCCCAUCCACCAGCCAGCCCGUCAAGUGGGUUAAGAGGGAACGUGAUGGCAACAUCAUCUUUGACAGGCCCAGGUCCUCUCGAAGACCACCUAGUGAGAGGGCUGGUGGUCAAAGCCAACAUCGCCAUCGAGCCCAUGCCAGGGCCACAGAAAGCACCAGUGCAGAUGCUGCCACAGAAAGCACCAGUGCAGAGGCUGACUGGUUGGGUAGUGAUACCACUGAGUCCUUCCUGCAAGAGUUGCAGCAAUCAGUGGCCACCAUGGAGGAAGAACCAACACCACAAGCUGCAUCAUGUCAUUGGGGCGCUCGGAAGGCCCUGCAUUUUGAUUGGUGGGUCAAAGAGAGGCCCCAGUUCCUGAAUGCUGUGCUGGCAGCACAGCAUGGUGGAAGGCAAGUCUGCCAACAUUGUGGACGUGAGGAUGCUAUCAUUCGGUGUCGUGAUUGCCGACCACGUCCAUUCUUCUGUUCACAAUGCGAUGUCCACAGACACAGUGUGGAUGUCCUCCACAACAGGGACACAACUGUGUCUGGCUACUUCCAGCCUCUACCUCCCACAGAGUGUCUAUCGGAGGGGACUAUUACUCAGUGUGUGCGUCUUGUACCUCUCGAGAUGCCCAAGACCAUUUGUGGUUGUGCUUUGGGAUCCCAGAGUGUUCACCCUGGGAAAUCUGUAGCUGUGGUCACAAUGAAUGGCCGAUAUGAUCUCAGUUUGCCUGAAAUGAAGUGUGCAGAGUGCAAUGCCUCAUGGAUUGCUGAAGUGGGUGACUUGGUCAGGAGUGACUACUGGCCGGCUACAGAGCAUUUUGCAACUGUAUAUGCAAUGGAUGUGUUCUCCUCCUAUGAAGACAUGAAGAUGGCGGCUCCAGGCCUUUCUUGCCAGGCAUUCCUAAGGAUGAUAGACCAACGAACGAUCCGCUUCGGCCGUAGUGGCAAGGUCAUAGCGGAUAGCUUCCGCAGGAGCUUUUUGGAGUGGGAGGCGGUCCAAUUUGAGGUGGACGGCCUGUGCAAGGAGGACCAUUUUGCUUGCACUGCUUGCACUCCCGAGAUGCUUGCCAUCUGUGUUGAUGGGAACCGUAAGCAUUAUCGGUUUAAGAGUGCAGCAAGGUACUUAAUAUGUUUGUAUUUAACUCUUUAA